CAUCUGUGUCCAGUGCGCGGAUUAGACGCUUAUUAUCCUCUUAGCUCUAAAUGGCCCCACGUUCCUUGCACUUGGUUGUGAGGCUCAUCUGCUGUCUAAGAGGCGAAUCGGAGCGUGGCACGACAUCGAUCAUGCGUAAAAAUGACCGUGGCCACCAUUCAUCGGUGUUUGUGAGGACGAAUUGACGGCGGGAUUGUCGUCCAUCGUCUGUCAGAGCGCAUCUCCGGGGCUCGGUCACUAGGCUACUCGUCCGUUCAUGACCCACCCCACUGAUCUUUUGCAGACUGUAAUCUUAUCAGUGUCAAAGCGUAGCUGCCCUUUCCCCCACGGACAGAUCCCGUGCGUCUUUGGAGGGCGUUUGUCUCCAAAUUUGGAAGAGAGACGAGCUUUCAUUUGAGACAGCUUCCGCACCAGCUGAGCAUCUACUUACCGAUAAAGUUGCGCUUUUGGAUGUGUCCUAAAAUGUGGAUUUGACCAAGUGAAAUUAUGGAUCUUACAUGUAAAGAGAAGCGUCUGCUAUGCUUACUUUUCUUUGCUAUCUGCUCUGCCAGCGUUUGCUUUGGUGCCAGAAGAUCAAAUGCGCGGAGAUCUGCCAACCUCUGGAAUCGUCUGAGUCCUCCACUAGACAUCCAGCUGGAGACUCUCAAUUGCAGCGCCUUCAGUGUGCGAUGGAAAAUGCCCCGCAGACAUGUCAGCACGAUCACUGGAUACAAGGUCUUUUACACAGAGAUGAAGAAUGGCCGCCCAAUUAGUACGACAUCCAUCAUGGAGGUUCCGCUAAGUUUGGACAUGCUAACCACUGGGCAAUUUGAUGGACAAGCCAGCUUUGAUGUAAACAUUGGCAACCUAAAGAUGAACUCCAAGUACAGAGUCAGUGUUGGAGCGUACGGUUGGGCCGGGGAGGGUCGGCCCAGCAUGCCCAGAGACAUCAGUACUGCUUCACAUGAGAUGUGCAUGCCUCCGUCACCUCCUACUCAGCCAAUCGUCAUGGCUGUAUCGGACACAGAGUUGGCUUUAUCAUGGCAGGAAGGAGAGAGUCAAGGAAGCUCCCCUGUUCUUCACUUUCUGGUGGCUUACAUCAGGCCAGAAAUGGACACAGAGUGGACUUAUAUUCGGGAGCCCAUUGAGACCAGUUCCAUGGUUUUAAAAGGGCUGCUACCAGAAACCGAAUACCAGUUUGUUGUCAGAGCCGUCAACAUACACGGUGUAAGCCCACCCAGCCACAUCAACAACCCGGUGCGAACCCUCGGUUCACUAGAAAUGGGCAGUGGGGAUGUAGGACGCUAUAACACUGAUUCCAGGUAUAAAGAUGAAGAUGGAUUUGACAUUGAUGAUUCAGAUUAUGAUGUCUUUAUCGAAGAGUUGAAGCCAUUCCCGGGUAUCGGUGAGAACAACGGAAAGUCCCAACUCCGUUCACAUUCUGGUCCGCCAUCGGGACGAAAUGUCGUUUAUCGCAUGAACGGCAAAGUUCCUCCGAAUGUCACCGAUCAACCAGUCGAUGUGACCCCCUCGUCCAUAUUCUCAGACUUCACAGAUCUGGUUUUUACAGUCCCUUCAGAGCGUAGCAGUACUACCGACACCCCCACUACCGCUCCACCCACCACUACCAGCCCACCUUCGGCCACCACUACUUCCAUCCGUACCAUCUCGCCCUGGCAGGGUGAGAUACCUCGUGUCUACGACCUGACUUGUGGUGAUACUGUGUGUCCGCCUGACAGCGUCUGCCUCACUGAUUACGAGAGCGGAGGUUCACGCUGUCACUGUAACCUGGGGCAUAGAGGAGAUUCUUGCUCUGAGGCUGUGACAGUGAACUUUCCCAGGUUCUAUGGCUACUCUCACAUGACCUUUGAACCCCUGAAAAAUUCAUACCAGACCUUUCAAAUCACAUUAGAGUUUAAGGCCGACUCCAAGGACGGCUUGUUGCUUUACUGUGGAGAGAAUGAACAUGGCCGCGGAGAUUUUAUGUCUUUAGCUUUGGUUCAAGGCAAGCUUCACUACAGGUUCAACUGUGGCACCGGAGCUGCCCAGAUAAUCAGCGAGAGUCCUGUUGUUCUCGGACAGUGGCACAUCGUCACUAUAUUCAGAGACGGCAUGAGCGGUUGGCUCCGUAUGGACAAUGACAACCCCAUAUCUGGACGCUCACUGGGUCAAUACACUAAGAUUACUUUUCGCUCGCCGCUGUAUGUGGGUGGAUCUCCUAGUGCUUACUGGCUGGUCAGGGCGACAGGCACAAAUCGUGGCUUUGUGGGCUGCAUUCAGAGCCUGACCAUCAACAACAAGGCUACCGACAUUAGGCCAUGGCCACUGGGCAAAGCUCUCAGCGGAGCUGAUAUAGGUGAGUGCAGCGACAGAGUGUGUGACAUGGUUAGCUGCGCCAACGGUGGAGUCUGCUUUGCAAACCGUGCUGACGGCUACAUCUGCCUCUGUCCUCUCGGCUUCAAGGGAGCCCUGUGUGAAGAGAGUUUCUCUCUGUCCUCACCCCUCUUCAAUGAAACUGUGUUUUCAUACGCUGUCAUCCGGUGGCCUCAGACCUCCCAGAGUUACCUCUCUUUCAUGGAGUUUGAGGUGACAUUCUGGCCAUCGGCGCCCAGCGGGGUGCUGCUGUACAGUGACGAUGCAGGAAGCAGAGACUUCCUUGCCAUAAACUUGGUGGACAGAUACUUGGAGUUCAGAUUUGACUGUGGCUCUGGAGAGGCUGUUAUAAGGAGUGAAGAGCAGAUCAAUCUGGACUCCUGGCAUGAGCUGAGAGUAUCUCGAACUGCUAAAAGUGGGAUCCUGCAAGUGGACAACCAAAAACCGAUGGAGGGAAUUGCUGAGGGAGCUUUCACUCAGAUCAACUGUAGUUCGCCUCUCUAUCUCGGUGGGGUGCCAGACUAUGAAAAGACCAAGAGGACAGCAGGUGUAAUGAAGCCCUUUACUGGGAUCAUUCAGAAGCUGAUUCUCAAUGACCGCACCAUGCCAAUCACAGCCGGCUCUGCUGGCGGUGUAAAUAUCGCAAACUCAGCACAUCCAUGUGUAGAAAAUCCCUGUGCCAACGGAGGGACCUGCAGGCCAAAGUGGGAUGACUAUGAGUGUGACUGCCCUCUAGGGUAUGAUGGGAGGCACUGCCAGAAAGAGUGUGGGAAUUACUGUUUGAACACUGUAACUGAAGCCAUAGAAAUACCCCAGUUCAUUGGCAGAAGCUAUCUGACCUAUGACAACAGAGAUAUCCUGAAAAGGGUGUCUGGGUCCAGGACAAACCUUUUCAUGCAUUUUAAGAGCACAGCAAAGGAUGGUUUAUUACUCUGGCGAGGAGACAGUCCAAUGAGACCCAACAGUGACUUUAUUUCCAUGGGGCUUCAGGAUGGGGCUCUGAUCUUCAGCUAUAACUUGGGCAGCGGGAUGGCUAACAUUGUUGUCAACGGGACGUUUAGUGAUGGAAAGUGGCACAGAGUCAAGGCUGUCAGGGACGGCCAAUCAGGGAAGCUGACGGUCGAUGAUUACGGAGCGAAGACAGGCAGGUCACCUGGCAAGAUGAGGCAACUCAAUAUAAAUGGACCCUUGUAUGUUGGUGGCAUGAAAGAGAUUGCCCUUCACACAAACAGGCAGUACCUGGGAGGACUGGUGGGCUGCGUGUCCCAUUUUACACUUUCCACUGACUUUCACUUAGCUUUGGUGGAGGACGCAGCUGACGGCAAGAACAUUAACACCUGCUCCAACUAGAGGAUUUUUUUUCACAUAAGGGGAGAGUUUCAACACACUUUUCAGCUGGAUUUGUCACCAUGAAUUUCACUUUUCAGAACCACAGCAGUAAAAACUAAAGUGUUUUUUAAUUGUUAAUAUUUUUAAAUGCAUCAUAUGGUGUGUACCGAAGUCACUCUGGCAAGAAAUGUUGUCACACGAAUGUUUUUAUGAUCUCGCUGACUUGCAGAGUAAUAAAGUUUGCUGUACUUUUUUUUUUUUUUAUAUUCCGGUUUAAGCAAGCUUUGAUCCGAGGUUGCAGGAAGAACUGACUACAGAGGCACAAGUGCUCCAUCUGAAUCCACUUCACAGCCAUGGAUCUUGGUCUUUGCAAAAACUAAAUAGAGGACAAAAAACUUUUUUUAUGGGACAAUUCCAACCAUAUCUGUACUCUUUUUCUUUUUACUGUAACCCCGUCUUUGAUUGCUAAAAGCACCAAAGGAACUUUAUUCACCAUGAACUUGAGCAGCCAGUGGAGAUGACCUUCGUUCCAGAUAAUUUUGGUUUUUACUCUUCAGGAUGUUUGUGUCUUUCGUGUGAUGUUUUUUUUUGUUGUUUUGUUUGACAUGUUUUGUCAUUAGUUGGAUGCAUUUUGAAAAGUAUUUGUGAUAUUAGUAUAUUCAAAGUGUUUAGUUUUAAAGGGUAAAGGGUUCAUUUGCCUGUAGCAGUUUUAUGUCCUUGUCCAACUUACUUAUCCCUCAGUUUUAUCUUUUAGUUUCGGUCACAUGACAUUCUGAUCUUGACACGGGGUGAAUUUUGGUUAAAAGAGAGACAGGAUUGCUGUCAUCUGACACAAACCUCAUUAAAUGCCAGCAUUUACAUUCCUUUCAUGUCUAUCACAUGCUCACCAGUAAACAAAUAUGUUUUCUUGUUGUCAUCUGUACAGGUUCUGAAUAUUUUUUUACCCUGUAAAAUAACAUUAAGUUUUAAAAAUAUGUCUUAAGCCUCCUUUUACUUUGCAUGUUGCAUUUGGCUGCAAACAAAAUGAUUUCCCCAGUCAAUUUACCUGAAUAAUCCACAAUCUCUAAAAAAAAAACUCAGGUCAACAAUCAGAUCACUUGUUUAAAGCAAAUGUUGCUUUUAACAAACUUUUCUCCAUCAGAUUUCUUGAUUGUAAUUUGCAUUGAUAGUUAUGAAGACAGAUUUUUUAAAUUGGAAAAUUAAUGGAAAUUAAUAACAUCAAAAAAAGUUAUUUUGUACUUUAUUUAAGGUUCAUUUCAAUUAAUUUGUAGUGAAUCAGGGGAAACAGUAGUUGCUAUUAUAUCACUCUGUCAUUUUGAGUGAAUUAGAGAACAGAACAAGUAAACAGAUUGUCAUCACUGCUUUGAAUUAAAAUGGCUUCAGGCAAGGUUAUUACUCCUACUAAAGUUUCACCCAAAUCAACAUGCUCUGGCGUCAUGAGAGCCAGAAAUGAAGCCGUUUCUUUCCAAGAAAAACUUCUUGGACAGAGAGACAUUAUACAGGAAAUACCAGGCUUGGGCUCCAGAGGACUUGGGUAACGAUAUUUCUAUGUUAAUCUUUUUAAACACCAUGUCACAAGGCAAAAUUAAAAAGUAGUCCAGUGAUCAAAGCAGGCAUUUUGAACAAACUAGAACUUAACCCAACAGAGAACCUGUGAGUAAUAAUUUGUCCAGCAAAUCUAAAUUAUGAGAUUAAUCUAGAAAAGGGAGAGUGAGAAAGAAAAAGCAAAUUGUGAAGAUCGGCAAGCGAUGAUAAAUCCAGAAAGAUUUAUCAUCGUUAGAUGGUGUGACUCUUAGAUCAGUCACACCAAGAGGCUGAUCUAUGAGCAAAUUGUAAAAGAGGAUAGGUCAAUGUUAAAAAUAGUUAGACUUUAAACAAACUGGAUGUAUUUCUUAAGCUCUUUAGGUUUUGACUGUGUACUGAAAUCAGGGCCUGAUUUUUGUCUCCAGACAAAGAAAAAGCAUGUUUAUGCCUCCUGUCAUACCCUUUGACCCUUUCAAACUCACUGCAUCUUUAAAGACAGUUACUGUGAUACACAUGACAAAUACAAAACACCACAUUUGUUGAAUUUCACAGACUACAAAUUAAAGCUUAAUUUAAGAGUAACUUCUAUGCAAUCAACGUUAGAAAUAAUAUUCAAAUUUCCCUUUCAUAUUUGAUUUUAAACAAUCUUGAGAUUCACAGUGAGGUGGAAAGAAACACAUAAAUAUUUGAAACAGUUUAUUUGAAUCAAAGAUGGAUUUUGCUCCAAAAUUGUAUUGUGAAUUGUUCAGAAACAGAAUCCAGUUCUUGACAGACAAGUGACCUCCCAACAGAGGUUAUCAUUAUAUCAAACUAUGUCAAUAUUGUUUUUUUCAACAGGGCAUUUCAGUCACAAAAAAGCUAGAAACAUUUGACAUUUCAGUUCCUCCUUUCGGAGCAAUUGAAAUAGUUGUUUUGUGACAACCUUGAGGCUAAAACAUGUUUUUGUUGUGAUCUGAAAUUAGGAUUUCUUGAUGUACAUAAGAUAAUAGUUAACCUACAUUUUGCCUACAUUUCUGAUUGCUGAAACUAAUGAACCAAAUGGUUCAUGACCUUCUGUUCAUACCAGGUUGGUUGAUUAGAUGAUGUUUUCAAUUUAUCUUCUUUGAUCAAAGUGUUCCUGCUUUCAGAGUAAUAUUUUACAUGUCACAUCACUCUUAAAACUCUGUAAAGAUGUGGCACAAACCGUUGGACUGGGAGCCAAAUGUAGCACUUUAAUUUAGAUUGAGCUAUUUAGUCAUAUUGAGGUCAUCCUCAUCUUAUGACAGUUUAAGGUUGUAGUUCACCAUUGCAGGAUUUGUUCAGAUCUGCCAAAAUCAAUAAUAAAGAGCGAAAAGCAAUA